AUGCCGUUUUCCAGAGAUGUGUAUUUUCGGAAGGGACUUAGGACAAACAUUAGCAACUGGAGCAACUAUCAUCCGUUGCAGGGCUCUGCCUUUGUGCGAGGUGGAGGACGGGAGCUGUUCUCAUGCAAGAAAAAUGGGUCGUACGGUUUCACCACCAUAGUUCUGGUCUCUUCAGAGGAUGUGGGUGUGGGUCAGAGACUUCAGGUGGCAGAGAACAAAAUUAUUGGCCAGAAAACGUGCGUUCGGUGUGCCUGGGGUUUUUUCAUGUCCUUACUGCUGUUCCCAAGUUGGGAGGGUUAUGGAAGGGUGAGAGGGGUAGCACUGCAGCGUCACCAUAUUUCUUUCUCGCAGAUUCUGCCUGGCUUGUUCAUUGGCAACUUUAAAGAUGCCCGAGAUGUAGAGCAGUUGAGUAAGAAUAACAUUACGCACAUUCUUUCAAUCCAUGACAGUGCCCGCCCUAUGCUCGAGGGAGUGAAGUAUCUGUGCAUUCCUGCUGCUGACUCACCCUCGCAGAACUUGGCGAGGCAUUUCAGAGAAAGCAUCAAAUUUAUCCACGAGUGCCGGCUCACAGGUGAAGGCUGCCUAGUUCAUUGCCUUGCAGGUGUCUCCAGGAGUGUAACAUUGGUGGUUGCCUACAUCAUGACCAUCACGGACUUUGGUUGGGAAGACGCACUGUCUGUUGUCCGCGCAGCGAGAUCCUGUGCCAAUCCUAACAUGGGCUUCCAGAGGCAGCUCCAGGAGUUUGAAAAACAUGAUGUUGAUCAGUUCAGGCAGUGGCUGAAAGAAGAAUAUGGGGAAAACUCUUCUCAGGAUCUUCAAGAAGCCAAAAGUCUUCUGAGCAAAUAUAAAGAGCAGGCAGAAUUGCAGCAGAGUACUGGAGGAAGACAGUGGAAUAACAACUUCUCAUCUGUGCCAUCUCUCUCAUACAGCAACUACACAACAGAGACCUAAUCGUAGGAGGUUGAUUUUUUUUUUUGUUCGUUCUACCUUUGAAAAACAUCUUGCCAUAAUUUCCAUCCCAUCAUCAAGACUCUCAGCAGUAAUCACGCAAACAAUUGAUUUGUAGAAAGCUUCUUGAUGAAAAUACUACGUUAUGUGUGUGUGUGUAUGAGUGUGUUUGACACAGUUUUAUAACUUGGGCAGGAUCAAGCUCUCUGUAUGCCCAGAGACAUGAUCCAGUUACUGUGGCUGAUCCAGUUUGUCAGCCAGCCACAGCUAUUAUCCCCUUAUGCCCACAUUGCCUGGCAUUUGCUGUGAGGUUAGCUCAACUCCUUUCGUUGUAGGCUAGCAAAGGGCUCCGAGAGAUGAGGUCUGGUGAUUCAAGCUGUGGCAGUUUGACAUCUCUGCACUAUUAAUGUGGCAAAGAUGUUAUUGCACCUGAAGAAGGAAUCUUAAGUCUCUGCUGCUCCUGUUCACAGCCCGUUGGCAAGUGAUAUCGUGGAGGUGGGCUUGAACUUGAAUGCUAGGCUACAGACCGGAGCAGGUGAGAUAUGGGUACUUGUACCUUUCCACCAACACUAGCAUCUAGGAGAGAAGUGGGACAGACAGCUCUGAGUAAUAACAUCUUCAACUGCCACAGUUGUGCUUGCUUCAGUGCACGUGCAACAGAGCUGUCGGUAGAACUGCCGC